GUUAUUGACCUAACAAAUUAUCUCUUUACCUUGUGCUUUCUUCCAGACCAAAGCCUCUCGGGUUUCUCAAAGCCCAAACAGAUCUGGACAUAGCGUUUUCCUGCUCUAGCUCGAAGCCAAGAUGGAGACAGCAAUGGAGGUAUACAACGACGUUGAGAUGACCACACCACCGAUCAAGCGACGCAAGAAGAAGUCAAAGGUGUGGGAACACUUCACCAUCGGUGUUACAGAGCCUGGUUGCAGAAGGGCUUUCUGCAAGGGCUGUAACCAGAGCUUUGCUUACAGCAGUGGCACCAAAGUGGCUGGGACCAGCCACCUCAAGCGUCACAUCGACAAAGGGACAUGCCCUGCGCUUCUUCAUCAUACCCAUGACAACAAUGACAACGAUAACAGCCAGCAGAUGAUGACGACUCCCAAGAGUGACCACACGCCGAGAAGGCGUUACCGGACCCAGAACACUUACGUUCCGUUUGAUCAGGACAAGUGUCGCCACGAGAUUGCCAAGAUGAUCAUCAUGCAUGACUACCCUCUUCACAUGGUUGAGCAUCCAGGGUUCGUCUCCUUCGUGCAGGCUCUUCACCCACAGUUCGACAAUGUGAGCUUCAACAAUGUGCAAGGAGACUGUGUGGCCACUUACCUCUCCGAGAAGCAGAAUGUUAUCAAGUCGCUAGAAGGGAUCCCUGGACGCUUGUGUCUCACGCUGGACAUGUGGACGUCCAAGCUGACUCUUGGCUAUGUGUUUAUCACCGGUCACUUCAUUGACAGUGAUUGGAAGAUACAGAAGAAGCUUCUCAAUGUUUUGAUGGAGCCCUAUCCAGAAUCUGAAGAAGCACUGAGUCUUGCUGUUUCCAACUGUGUUUCUGAGUGGGGUCUGGAGGGGAAGCUGUUCUCUGUUGCCUUCAACCAUCCCACGAGUAAAACUGCAGUUGAGAACAUCAGGUCUCUACUCUGUGUCAGGAACCCUGGAGUUCUGGAUGGUCAGCUGGUGAUAGGGAACUGUGUCGCCAGAACAUUCAGUGGCCUUGCUAAAGAUGCUCUUGAGAAAGGGAAAGAUGUGAUCAAGAAGAUCAGGGACAGUGUGAAGCACGUGAAGACCUCGGAGUCUCAUGAGGAGAGGUUUGUUGAGCUCAAGGAACAGCUUCAAGUUCCUAGCGACAAGGUGCUCUGUCUCGAUGAUAAGACGCAGUGGAACACAACGUAUAACAUGCUUGUGGCUGCUUCGGAGUUGAAGGAAGUGUUCUCUUGCUUAGACACUGCUGAUCCUGACUUCAAGCAGCCUCCUUCAGCAGAAGAUUGGAGGCUCGUGGAGAGUCUCUGCACGUUCCUGAAGCCUCUUUACGAAGCGGCAUCCACUCUUCAGUCUAGUGGAAACCCUUCUGCUGUGACCUUCUUCCAUGAAGUGUGGAAGACACAGUCUGAUCUCUCUCGGGCCAUAGCAGGAGAGGAUCCUUACGUUGCUGGUUUAGCUAAAACCAUGAAGGAGAAGGUCGACAAGUACUGGAGGGAGUGUAGCUUGGUGUUGGCGAUGGCGGUUGUGAUGGAUCCUCGGUUCAAGAUGAAGCUGGUGGAGUUCAGCUUCUCCAAGAUAUUCGGAGAAGACGCUGGGAAGAACAUCAAGACCGUGGACGAUGGGAUCCACGAGCUCUUCAACGAGUACAUGGCACUCCCUGAGCCGCUAAAGCCAGCAUCCGAAGCAGACGGGCUGUCUGAUUUCGACAACUACAUAUUGGAGACAACCGGGCAGAACCUCAAGUCAGAGCUGGACCAGUACCUUGAUGAAACGCUGCUUCCUCGUGUUCAGGAGUUUGAUGUUCUCGACUGGUGGAAACAGAACAAGCUCAAGUACCCAACGUUGUGCAAGAUGGCUAGAGACAUCCUCUCCAUCUCGGUCUCCGCUGCAGCAUUCGACUAUGUGUUUGACAUGGAACCGAGGGAAAUGGAUGAGUACAAGACGUCACUGAGGCCUGAGACUGUGGAGGCUCUGAUUUGCGCCAGGGAAUGGCUUCUUGAGAGCGAUGCUUCUUCUCAGCAAAUGUCGAGUGCUGUUGUCAACGCUGAAGCCUAGGGGUGGGGCUUCGCUUUGUGUAUCAUAAUGUUGUUUUCUACUGCUUGAGCAUUGGACUUUGCUUUGUUUACUCUAAUCCUUGCUGUUUCCUACUACUUAAGUGUUAAGACUUUGCUUCGUUUUAUCUCUAAUCCUUGUUGUAUUCUACUACUUAAUUGUGUGGUUAGUCUUAA